AUGAUAAGAAGUAUAUUACAAAGACACAUAAGAGGUAUUCAGCGUACCUCUCUUGCGUCUAUUUCACAACCACUGUUCAACCACCACUCCAACCCACUGAUCGCUACUCCAUUUUUCAAAUCACUUCACACAUCGCCAAUACUAAACCACGGACAUCUUCACAAACCCAAACCAGGUGAAGAACUCCACAUCACAUUCAUAACCAAGGACGGAAAGCAAUACACUUAUGAAGUUGCUGAGGGUGAUAAUAUACUAGAUAUAGCUCAAGCUAAUAAUUUGGACAUGGAAGGUGCAUGUGGUGGAUCAUGUGCUUGUUCAACAUGCCACAUAAUUGUUGAUCCAGAAUUCUAUGAUGAGAUACCUGAGCCUAGUGAUGAUGAAAAUGAUAUGUUGGAUUUGGCUUUUGGAUUAACGGAAACUUCUCGAUUAGGAUGUCAGGUUAAGAUGUCAAAAGAAUUGGAUGGUAUUAGAGUUGCCUUGCCAGCAAUGACGAGAAAUUUGCAGAACAAAGAUUUCAAUUAG